CAGAGAUUUGGGGCAGGCGGGGUGAAGGCUGCUCUCAGGCCGCUGCUGCUGCGUGGGGAGCGCGAUGAGUAAAACUGGGAAACCAGAAACUAUACUAUCAGAAACUUUAACUUCAUAUUCACAGCCGAUAAAAGAGACAGUGGGAUUCUGAUUUGUCAAAUUUUAUUGUGCUGACAAAGCAACAGGGAAAGAAUGCCAAGUUCCAAAAGUAACUUGAUGUUGUCAAGUGACAUCUCAAAUUUCAGGGAAAUGGCAAUUUCAAAUAAGAGAGAGCCUGUUGAAAAGAGUACAACAAGUCUUAUUGAGAACAAUGGCUAUCAAGACUCUGUAUACAUAAAUGCAGCUAAAAUUUUCCAAGGCAUUCGUAAUGAAAAGCCUCAGGAUAAAAUAUUGGUAAGGUAUGGUAAUGAACUAAAGCCAUCCCUACCAGAUUUUAAAGAUGAAUGUUCCCAGCGCUCAUCCUAUGAACUGGCGUUUAGUGCUCUGAAAUAUCAAGAUCUACUUGAAAAUAUAUUGUUAGAUAGCUGCUUUUACCCAUGUCAGUCAAUACCAGAUGAAUUGACCAGUUUAAUUGUUGUAAUGUUGUAUGACCUCCAAGAUCGAAAGUUUCAAGCCCGACAGAUUUCUGAUGAAGAGGAAUCAAUACCAGAAGUCAGAGAUGUAGAACGUUAUCUAUACAGUUUUAAGACCAAAUUGGCUGCCGCUCUAGCAAGAUGUCGAAUCAAACAUGAUGCUCUUUCAAUUGAAUAUAUUCUACCAGAAACGCUACGGAAACAGGAACAAAGGGCUUCUGCUUUACCUUUGUAUGCUUGGAUAAAUACAUUAAAAAGCAGCCUUGAAGACAUUUACAAAGAAUUGAAAAAAGAGGGAUUCACAAAAGUUGAAUCUGUGUCAGAUUUUGAAGGUUAUACUUAUUGUCUGGACAAGCACUGCCAUGAUGUACUGGUUUUUCCUGCUUCUCUCAAAGAAGAAAUACUUAAUUUGGAACUUUUCACAGGUUACAAACUCAUCUUACAGGAUAAGUCUCGCAGUCUUGCUGUACAUUCUGUGAAGGCCUUAUUGAACAUGUAUGAUGACAUCAUAGUAGCUCAUAUGGGUUCACGGUUGACUGCUGCCCACAUGUCAGUGUUGUCAAAUCAGAGCACAUCCAAAGUUUUUGUAUGUGGCGUAAAAUCGCAGGCAAAGGAAGUUGAACUGAAGGAACUGUUCACACGCAUGGCAUGUGGAAAUAUUGAGCUACUACAUGAGGAUUUUACUGAGAUUGAACCAACAGAUCAAAGACUGCAAAAGGCUAAAGUUAUUCUGCUGCUACCUCGGUGCUCAGGAUUGGGUGUUAGUAAUCCAAUAGAAUUUAUACUAAAUGAACAUGAAG